AUGGCCGCGAGAUCCUUCUCUGUCCCCGAAUGGCUCGAAUACGCACGCCAAUCUCCCCACUUCGUGUCAGUCAUCCGCGCGUUGUCAGAGCGCGAGCGCGCCCGCACAGUCGCACGGAAUGCAUCCCGCCAACGGUCCAACUCCAAGUCACAGCGCAAUCCAUACACACCCACACACAUACUCUCCUCCUUCCUCCACAAAACCGACCACGUCGAGCACUACUCUGUGUCCGUGGGCUCGAGUCGCGACCUCCAGCAGUGCAACCGCUACCUCGACAUCACGCCGUACGACCGCACGCGCGUCGUCCUCUCGAGCCGGGGCCUCGAGCGGGGCAGCGUGCCCGACGGGCGAUACCUCAACGCGAACUGGGUGCGCGAGCUCGCAGGCGGCAAGUGGUGGAUCGCGAGCCAGGCGCCGCUCCCGAACACCGCGCAUGCAUUCCUCAGCACCAUGCUCAGCCCGAUCGUCCAUCCCUCCGCGUCGCGCGCGCCGAACGCGAAGACGAGCCGCAUACGCACGGUAGUACAGCUGACGCAGAACAUCGAGAGCGGCAUGCGCAAGGCACACGUCUACUUCCCCGAUGCGCAGGGCGAGGCAUGGGACAUCCCGCCUGAGGACGGGCACUCGGCGCCCCCGCUGAAGGUCACUCUCCGCCAGUCGUCAUAUAUCGAGGACGCGAACUGUGUCCUGAGCCGUGUGUCCGUCGAGCCGCUCGGCGGACAGGCCAUCGUGUUCCAGCAUCUCCUAUAUGCGUCCUGGCCGGACCACGGCGUACCCACCGACGAAGCUCGCGCGAGCUUCCUCCGCUUCACUCGCUUCGUGGACGAGGCGAACCGCGACCUCUCCUCGCAUCUCUUCUACCACGAGCUCGACCCCGACCCGCCGAUCAUCGUCAACUGCUCUGCGGGUGUCGGCCGGACGGGUUCCUUCAUCGCCCUAUCAUCACUUCUGCGGAAGUACGGUCUCCUCCCGCCUCCCGCAUCACCAUUAUCUACGGAGGACAGUGGGUGGAAGGUGACGCCAUCACCGCUCGGUCCGCUGCCUGAGGAGCUCCGAGACGACCUCGUGGCGCAGGAGGUCGACAUGCUCAGGGAACAGCGCCCGGGGAUGGUCCAGCGGGAGGCCCAAAUUGCAUUCAUAUAUGAGAUGCUGAUUGCUGCGUUCGAAGAGCGACGAGCUACCUAG